AACAUGCAGACGUAAAACGUUGGCUAUCUCCUUCUAGCGAUUGUCUCUUGUCGUUCCCAGAGCAGAUGACACCACCUUCAGUAAUUUCACCAUGGCCAAGAGUUAAGAGCUCGAAUAAUUAAAGAGAGACCUCGCUCUCUUAUUUCUUAGUUUGAGCGCACUGCCAUGACUGCUUUUGUUUUUGCUGCUCAUAUUGCAGGCCGAUAAAAACUGCUGAUAGCACAAUUGUUCUCCCUCAAGUAUAAAUUGCCAAGCGGGUUUUAUUGCACUGAAAUUGGCACGAAUUCACGACGAAACAGCAACGAUCAAAAUCUUAUCGCAGCGCCUAAUAAGCAGAGCGCUAGCACCAAAGAGCCAAAGCGCCGCAGAGAUACCGCUAAAUUAAUAGAGCAAGAAAGAUCGGCAGAAAGAGGGAGAGAGCAGCUGGACUUAGUGCAAGUUAUAUUCAUAAGGAUGGUAUUGCUAAGCAUGCGCUCUCUUUGAAUUUCUCCCUUGGUUUGAUUCUAUCGCAAUUUUAUUGUAGCCACUCGCGUUUCGUGCGAGGUCUCUAUGCAAAUGCCGCACCCUAUACAAAAACACCUUGAAAGAGAAAGAGCAUGAAAGAGAAAGAGAGAGAGACUCUACUCGUCAGGGCGUGAAAGUGAGCAAACUAUAUUUAGUCGCCGGCCGAACGCAAAGCGUGUUUUGUGUUGUUUAUUAAAGACGCGAACAUUGGACGAAGCAGAAGUGUGCCCGCGAGUCGAUUGCCGGAAAACCAACAACAACUAUAUUCCCCUCAAAAUGAGUGCCGCAUCCCUUCGCCUGCUCAGCAAAACCAAACAGACCGCCCGCAUCAUCAUAGUCGGGGCAGGAUCGGCGGGUAUCGCGGCUGCCACCCGCUUGUUGGAGCAGGGGUUCCGAAAUGUGCUGCUGCUCGAGGCGGAGGACCGCAUCGGCGGACGCAUCCAUACGAUCCCAUUCGCGGACAACGUCGUGGAUCUGGGCGCCCAGUGGUGUCACGGCGAGCAGGGAAACGUGGUGUACCAGCGGGUUAAAGAUCAGAAUAUGCUGGAGGCGACGGAGCCCCACUACGACAACUUCAAGUGCGUGCGAUCCAACGGGGAAGUGCUGCCCGAGGCGAUCGCGGAACCGCUGAAGACAAUCGCGUUCAACUCCAUUCCGGAGAGACAGACGGAUCUGGGGAGCUAUGACGGCUCCCUGGGUGACUACCUGAACAUGAAGUACUGGAAGGAGCUGGCCAAGCUGCCGCCCAUCGACCGCACCAUCGCCGAGGAGUUCCUCGAAGUAUUCCACAAGUUUGAGGCGUCUGUGGAAGCCGCUGAUCACCUGUACGAAGUGUCUGGCCGCGGACACCUGGAGUACUGGCUGUGCGAGGGCGAACUGUUGCUCAACUGGCGGCAGAAGGGCUACAAGCAGUUCCUCAGAGUUUUGAUGAAUGCCCAGGACGCUCAGCCAGAAGAUCUAGGCGUGCUCAAGGGACACGUGCUGUUCAACAAACGCAUUGCCGAGAUCAACUGGGAGGGGGCCGACGAGCUGAAGAUCCGUUGCUGGAAUGGGGAGAUUCACACAGCGGAUCAUGUAAUCUGCACCGUCUCCCUGGGAGUACUCAAGGAGCAGCAUAAACAUCUCUUUGUACCCAACCUCCCCGCGGCAAAGGUGCGGGCUAUCGACGGCCUCAAGCUGGGAACGGUUGAUAAGUUCUUCCUAGAGUUCACUGCCCCGCCCUUGCCCGAAGACUGGCCCGGCUUCAACUGCCUCUGGCUGAAGAAGGAUCUGGACGAGCUGCGCGGCUCGGAGCUUUUUUGGCUGGAGAGUGUCUUUGGAUUCUAUCCCGUCUCGCACCAGCCCCGCAUUUUGCAGGGAUGGACUAUUGGAGCGCAUGCCCGCCACAUGGAGACGCUCACCGAGGAAACGGUUCUGCAGGGCUUGCUAUGGCUCUUCCGCAAGUUCCUGCCCUUCGAGGUGGCUCCCCCACAACGCUUCCUGCGCACCCAGUGGCAUGCGAAUCCCAACUUCCGCGGUAGCUACACCUUCCGCUCCACCUACACGGACGAGCUGCGUACAGGUGCCUGGGAUCUGGAAGCUCCGCUGCUGGAUGUCGGCGGUCGGCCACGCCUUCAGUUCGCCGGAGAGUCCUCCCACAAGCACUACUACUCCACUGUGCAUGGGGCCGUGGAGACGGGAUGGCGUGAAGCGGAACGUCUGAAUGUUUACUACAAGGCCCGAACGGCGCAGCUGUGAGCCAAGAUGCAAAGGGUCAAUGGGGCAUAAAGUAUAGAGUGAAAAGAGACAAAGUACAAAACGUAAUACAUGUGCUUUGUGCGGUACUUGAAAAGUACCUAUUGAUUGUCCAGCUGUUCAACUUAAAUACAGAUUUUGAUAAGAUAUAAUCGUAUCGAUUUCAGCAUUUAUUAGAUUAAAUGAAAGCAAUUCAAUAUAUCAGACCAGUUUGCUGAAAGUUUUGUUUGCUUGCAUUAUACUUUAAGUAGCUUAAUAAAUAUAUGUAUGUAUAGAGAAGGAUAUAAUGGAGUUGCAGAUGUGUGCUUUAAAAUUUGAAGAGUUUCCAGUGGAAAAGAAUCAGUACGAGUAACACAACAUUCGGGGUUGCAAAAGAAGAAUAAAAGCCAAACAUGUUGACCAACUCAUUUGCA